AUGUGUUUCAUGUAUGCAAUCAUUUCUCCUUCACCUCUCGUUUACAGUAGUACUCGUUUCCUGUCAAACGACUUAAAAAUGCGUUACGUGGCUGCUUACCUUUUGGCAUCUUAUGGCGGAAAAGUCAAGCCAACUGCUUCAGAUUUGGAAAAGAUAUUGAGCUCUGUUGGUAUUGAAUGCCACCUAGCUAAGGUCAAAAAAGUUAUUGUCGAGCUAAAUGGAAAGUCCAUUGAUGAAGUAAUUGCACUAGGACAGGGUAAACUUGCUAGUGUACCUUCUGGUGGUGCUGUUACUGCUCCCACAGCUGCCUCCGGUGGUGCAGCAGCCCUACCUGUUGAAGGAAAGAAAGAAGAAAAGAAGAAGGAAGAACUUGCAGAAUCAGAGUCUGAUGAUGACAUGGGCUUUGGUCUCUUGGACUUAGUUUAAGAACAACUAUGUUUUUAAAUAAAUUUUCUUCAGAGCAAAAGGUUUGCUCACAAAUAAAAGAUAAUCAUCAUUGAUACGGAUUGAAGGAUAUGCUUUCACUCUUACCU